AUGAUCAUCCUUCAUGUCGCUCUAUUUGCCAUCCUUGGCACUUGUUUGGUCUUCUCGAUCAUCGAGCUAGGUCUCACAGCCUAUGUUGUAUCGUUUUUCAGUGGCACUCAUCAGGAAGAGACCUGGGAUCCUUAUAGUGGCUAUAGCGUGACCGAUGUUCAUUACAGUACUCCAGGCAUAUUGGCAUUCAUGCUGUUCAGCGCUAUUUGGUCAAUCCUCGUAUCUAUCGCCGCUGCUGUUCUGCCCUGGUUCUACACUAGAAAGGGAGUCGCUAGCCGAAGGCUGAACACUAUCUUCGGCGUCUUGUUCAUAGUGACCUUCUUUGUCACCUCUGUGUUUUGGCUGGCCUGUUUCGCCGACAUUGCGGCUCAACUUGGAGGGGGCGUCAGCUUGAGCGAUUACCUGAAUGCUAUGAUCGCAUUUGCAGUUCUUCUGUGGCUUCUGUUCCUUGCUUUAGGCAUCCUUGCCGUUCUCUCAGCGUGUGGUGUUCUUGUCUCAGACUGGCCCGGCUAUCAGUCAAUGAGGCAAGGCGCAGUGACAGAGCAACCCCAUGCCUCGACUGUGCCUGCCACCGCCACUGCUAAUGAGCAGAUGAGUACGGUCCCUACUCCCGCCCCUGUUGCUGUCACCGAGCCGGCGGGUCAUGAUGCUGAGGCUUUGCACCACCAGCCAGGGAUCAUUCCGCCGCAUAAUCUUUAA